AUGGAUUACUUUACUGAUUAUCCUGAGCUACUUUCUCGACACAUCGUUACCUACUGUUAUUUCAGAGUCCAUUACUCUGAUGCCAUGAAUACAUCGUAUGCUAUGUAUCCACCAAACUGCAGUCCAAAGCCACUUUAUGCAUCACUUGAACGGCUCAGACAAGUCGGAAUCAUUGACGCAGUUAACUUUACUGGUUGCCUACCACAGUGUGGUAUAUGUGAUCACCCUUUGAGUGAAUCUGACUAUGUAACAUACAAUAUUAUUGUAAGCGGUGUUAUUCUGCCUCUGAUCGGUUUAUUUGGACUCGUUGGAAACGGCCUUUCGGCGUUCGUCUACAGCAGACCUGAAAUGCGAACGUCAACAAAUCUUUAUUUAUGCGCAUUAGGCUGUUCCGAUAGUGCUGUCAUACUGACGGGAAUUUUUCUUUUCUUUCUUGAUAGUGUGCGAAAAUUUUCGCUCAACUUAACUCGAUUAUUUGGUGUAAGUUUCAAUUUAUUUUUUUGUUUUCACAAUUUAAUUUUACUUUUGGUGCUUCUCAAAUCUGUAGCUAAAGCGCCGUUUAUUCGUCGCUGCAUUGCUUUCGUCUUUAUAUUUGCUGUUCUUUACAAUAUUCCUCAUUGUUUUGAAGCCGUUGUUAUUGACUGUUAUCACGAAACCCUACGGGGGUCUUCGUGGGAGGUCUGCCCUGAAACGAUGAGGUACAACGAGAUGUAUCAAGAAAUUUAUUACAAGUAUAUGUAUGCCAUAUUCUUAGCUGUUGGCCCUCUGAUAAUACUGGUUAUAUUGAACACGUUCAUAAUUGGCGCAUCAAUAUUUGGUGCUGGAGGAACAAGUGCUGGAGAUACGAUAUCACUGAUCUUGGUUGUACUCCUGUUUAUCGCUUGUAAUGUAGCUGCUCUACUAUUGAAUACAUUCGAAGAUAGAAUAAUCGAAUCGAUUGGGCCAUAUAUUAACUACAUAGUUGACCUCUCGAAUUUACUUGUCGUUUUUAACUCAAGUUUCAACUUCAUCAUCUACGUGACAUUUUCACGGAGUUUCAAAGAGACGCUCUGUAAAUAUCUAUGUGGACGAAGUGCUAAGACAGAUUAUGGCACACCUUGCAUAACGACGGAGAAAGCAUCUGGACCGAUGCUGUACAAAGAAACAUUCGGUCGUCUACUUGCUGCUUCUCAACCAGAGGUACUUAUAUAA